AGCCCGCUGUUAGCUGACUCUGGGUCACAGGAGAGGAAAAGGAAAUGCACUCUUGUGAGCCAGAAGAGCAGUAUGGCCAAAAAGCUUUGCCUAUUAACAGAAUAAAAUGCUGAUACUGAUGUCUGAACAAAGACAGCGUUCUUUGUCAACUUCAGGAGAGGCCUUGUAUCAGGUUCUUGGUUUAGAGAAAGGUGCUACUCAUGACGACAUCAAGAAAUCUUACAGGAAAAUGGCUUUGAAGCAUCAUCCGGACAAAAAUCCAGACAAUCCUCAAGCUGCCGAUACAUUCAAGGAGAUUAAUAACGCUCAUUCCAUACUGAGUGACUUAUCCAAAAGAAAUAUCUAUGACAAGUAUGGCUCCCUAGGAUUGUAUGUCGCAGAGCAGUUUGGAGAAGAGAAUGUCAAUGCAUAUUUCAUGUUAUCUAGUUGGUGGGCAAAGGGUCUUUUUGCGAUCUGUGGACUUCUGACUGGUUGCUAUUUCUGCUGCUGCCUGUGCUGUUGCUGUAAUUGUUGUUUUGGAAAAUGUAAACCAAAACCAACAGCAGGAGAAGAUUAUGAAUACAAUGUGUCCCCAGAAGACCUGGAAGAGCAAAUCAAAACAGAUCUGGAAUCAGAUGGUCAUACUCCUAUUGUGAUGCAGCCAACAAACGCUAAUGAGAAAACACAGCUAAUUGGAGAAAGUCGUCACACUUACCAAACAGACUCAUAAACAAGUGAAAGCCAGAGGCAGCUGUAUUGGCCCUUUCCUACGUUCAGAAAGUUGUAUAUCGAUAGGAAAAACUCACAAUACUGAUUUUUCUGUAUACGUACAUAAUUGCAUACAUUGCGUGUGGACAUCUCAUGUGAAGGGCGCCAGAUCAUGUAGAAAAUAUAAACUCUAAUAGCUUUGAACAGCAUUAAACACUCAAAACAGUCUAUUACAAGUCAAAUAUAUGUAUUAUGAUGAUAAAACGUAUUCUCAUGCAAAUCCUUUAAUAUUAAUAAUUUUUUUAAAUUAGUAGGUCAUGCCAGUGCAUCUGCUGAAAUGUUAUAACUGAGUGUUAAAGCUAAACUUCUGAAAAACAGGUAAAUACACAGAUUACAUACAUAUGGUAGUUGUUUUGCCUGCCAAAUGACUGUUUCUGUCCAUCCAGACCUAGUAACACAGCUCAGCCACACAACACAUUCAUGUCUGGCAGGGCAAGAAUAUUGUUUCCCUGCUGCUGCUGUUAAUUAACGCUUAGGCCCCGUACACACGAGAGGAUUUAUCCGCAGAUA